GUAAUCAUGCGUGAAUGCCUGCUACGCGAAAGCUCGACCGCCCACUAAGAGGUAUCAAUCACGGGUCUGGUAAUUCGCUUCCAUGGAACACACCCUAUUACACAAUAACUCAGCCAAUUCUUCAAUCACAAGAAAAUCAUCAAAGCACAUUCACUCCUGGAUCGGCGCGCGCGCCCCUCCGCUGCGUACCAACGCAACCCCACGCUCUCACUGUUGUAAUCCUAGAAAUCCUUACAAGCGCUCUCCUCUCCUGACUUUACCGACUCACCUCAAAUUCCACCCACACUGCAACCAGCCAUCUCGAACUAGAAGUUUUUCGAAUCAAAACUAGCACGAAUCACAUACCCGCACGAUCCUCAGCCACAAUGUCGCUUCCCGCGAACAUUAACACCGCGGCUAGAACACCUUACUCAGAGGCAGCCAGUCUUGAGCAUUACAGUAGUAAAUCGGUGAAUGAGCUUAAGAUUCUGGCUAAGAUUCAUGGCAUUCCUGAUGGUGCAGAACCGAGGGACAUUGUCGCGAUUUUGAUGGAGAAAGAUCGAGUGAACGGUGUGUGGCCUGGUAUGUUUGAGGAUCCUAAAAAAGAAGAUACCAAAAGUUCGCGUGUCGCGCCAGUCAAGCAGACCUCAAAGGAGACUGAGACACGUUCUGAGACCAACAUCGCCACUAGAGGACAAUCCAAAUCUGCUUCGGUUGCUACCGUCCUCAAUAACAAUAAGAUCGCCGAAACUCCAACAGCCGCCACGACCGCGACAGGAUCCGAGAACGAUACCGCUAUUCCCAUAUCGCAGUUGAGGAAAGAGUGGGAUGGAUUAUGGGGCCCGCCUUUCGCUUUCUCCAAGGUCGCUCCUGUCGACCCGAAGUCGCAAGGCACGUCUAUAACUUCCGCCGGAUCCACACCCAUUAGGUCAAAGUCGCCUGUUUCUCCUGUUUCUCCUGCAUCUUCUGCUUCGUUGAAGUCGAAUAGGUAUGAAAUUCUCGCAACCGAGGAGAAAGAGCUUGUCGAAUCAGAGGAGCUGUUGACAGAUGCAACCGAGGAGGAUAUUCCUACUGCAAAGAUGAGUAUACAGAGCGCACCAUCUGUACAUGAGGAGUCUCUCGCUACUCAAACGUUCUCACACCAAGUUGACGGGGAAGAGAACGUAGAUCUGGCGAAUGAGAAUGCUGACGUUGGCAAGAAGACCAAGAAGAAGGGGAAACGUGGCAAGAAGGGCGGACAGAAAGUUAACAAGGCCAAGACCGACGCUGCCCAGUCUGCUGCGACUGAGAUUGAAAAGACCGAGGCAUCGACGUCCGAUGCUUCCAUCACUUCGAAGCAGGCUGGAGAUGUUCCGCUGCCAGUUUCGCCAGGCAAGGUGGAGUCUACGCUCGAGGUCUCUGGACCGCUCCCCAUUAUUGAGGAGAAUGAUGGGGCCAUCGUCGAGCCCUCGACGUCGGUCGCACCGACAGACAUAGACAAGCACGUCGAGGAACAAACCAAUGUUGAUCAGUUCAAGCUCAUCAAUGUUGAGGAUACUGAAGGGUCGCCAUCGCCUAUCGAAAUUCCGAUCUCACAGCAGUCUGCUGCCUCUCCACCUGCGGCCCCAUCUGAGCCAACAGUAAAGUUAUCCGAAAAGACUCCUAUACACAUCUUCCUUGUCGCUCCCCCUGUACCACCGCCUUCCACACAAACUGUACAAACUCCUACACCCCCUAAGACGAAGAACCAGAGGCGCAAUGAAAAGCGUAAGGAAAACAAGCAGGCGGCGACGUUGUCAAACAUAUACGACGUCCUCAUGUCUGAACAAUCCGGCGACGCGUCAACACCAGAUUCAUCUGAUGUAAAGGAGGAUGAAAACAAAGACAAUAGCGAGGGUACUGCUCCAGCAGCCAAGAAGAAGAAGCGUGGCACAAAAGGCGGCAAGAAGGCGCAGGCGCAAAAGAAGCACCAGCCUGUACCGAUCGUCGAAACUGCCACUACUCCCAUCGCUGAGACGGUUGCUGGACCCGUCAUCCAGACCGCUGUGGCAACCAAGAUUCAGCCGAUGCAUCUGGCUUUGGGUGCUGUUGUUGCGAUUCUUGCUGGUGCUGUGGGAACUUGGGCUAUAGUUUAAUGGGAAUGCAGAAGGAGAAAGAGGGUGUUUUUCGUCUUUCCGUGAUAUUGAUGGGAAUAUUUGAGUCAUUGGUUUAGAUCAACGCCGUACAAUGACAUUCUGAGUCUCUGGUGCUUGGGGGAUAAUGCCUAUAAGGACAUAGUAAUUACAUUGACGUUUCUAAUGAUGUACACGUGCAUCGCAUGU